UGUCGCGAGCGCUCGGUAUAGAGAAGAAGCGCGCGCUGCGUGAUAGAGAUGAAGGCGCGCGCCGGGAGCUCGGGCUGUACAGAGCCGGUGGAUCUUUGAUUCGCUUUGAAGCUGCAGUUUGUUUGUUUUAUAUAUUUAUAUAUAUUGUUGGUGUUGUGGUCGCGAGGAGAAGCCAUGGCGGAGCGGAGCGGGCGAGUGAGCUUCCCCGGGAGCGGCGCGCUCAACACCCCUGUACCGAUGAACCUUUUCGCUACAUGGGAAAUCGACGGUACUUCAUCGAGCUGUGUACCGAGAUUGUGUAGUCUGACUCUGAAGAAGUUGGUGGUGUUGAGGGAUUUGGAUAAAGAGCUUAUAUCAGUUGUCAUCGCUGUCAAAAUCCAGGGUUCAAAGAGAAUUCUUCGCUCUCAUGAGAUCAUGCUGCCCCCUACUGGCACCGUAGAGACUGACCUUGCUCUCACCUUCUCUUUACAGUAUCCUCACUUCCUGAAGCGAGAAGGCAAUAAAUUACAGAUUUUACUGCAGAGGAGAAAGCGCUAUAAGAACCGAACUAUUCUUGGUUACAAGACUCUCGCUGCUGGAUCUGUCGACAUGGCCGAGGUAAUGCAGCACCCGGCAGAUGGAGAACAAGUUUUGGCUCUGUACAGUAAUCAGAAGGAGCUGAUGGGCAAAGUGGCCGAAAUUUGGAUCUACUCACUCUGCAGCCAACCAAUAGAUCAUGAGGAAGCGGGGCUCAUGAAGAUCAAACGUUCUGAGAAUUAUUCAGAAGAAGAGUAUGAGAGUUUCUCCUCAGAGCAGGAAGCGAGUGAUGACGCUGUACAUGGACAGGAUCUUGAAGAUGAUGAGUUUGAAGUGAGGAAAUCCAAAAAGCAACGACGGUCGAUUGUACGAACAACAUCUAUCACAAGGCAGCAAAACUUUAAGCAGCGAGUUGUGGCUCUGCUGAAACGAUUCAGAGUCUCAGACGAGGUGUUAGACUCCGAGCAGGACCCUGCUGAACCUCCUCCUGAGGUAGAGGAAGAUCUGGAGAGUUUGGAUUUUGAGAAUGCGAGUGACAGUCCAGAUCUGGAGGAUGAUGACAGUGUACUGAGCACGCCUAAACCUCAGCUCAAGCCAUAUUUUGAGGGAGUGUCUUUAUCCAGCUCUCAAACAGAGAUUGGCAGCCUACACAGCGUCCGAAGUCACAGAGAACCACCCAGUCCGAUGGAUCCUGACAAAAUGAAGGCCUCAGGAGGAAAGUUCCAAAUGGAAGAUGUGUCUGAUGGCAUCACUUUUGCACAGCCUGAGGUGUUGACCCCAACCACAGAGUUAGAGAUGAUGGACAACAUAGACUCUUUCCUGGAAAAGCUGCCCCCCACAGGCAGGAUGACCAAAACUGAGUCUCUUAUCAUCCAGUCAAACAGGCAGGAAGUAAAGCACUUUGUACGUAGAGGGCGAAGCACGUCGCUAAAAGAACGUCAGACGAGUCGACCACCUAAUGAGAGAGCAAACAGCCUGGAUAAUGAACACUCCAUCCAUACACACUGCCCCCUUCAGAUUCCUCGUAAGACUGUGUAUGAUCAGCUGAAUCACAUCCUAGUAUCUGAUGAUCACCUUCCUGAAAGCAUCAUCCUCAUCAACACCUCUGACUGGCAGGGCCAGUAUCUGUCAGAUGUUCUGCAGAAUCACGCCCAUCCUGUAGUGUGUACGUACACCAGCGCUGAUGUUCAAGCAGCGUUCAACACCAUUAUCUCUCGAAUACAGAGAUUCUGUAACAGUAACUCCAUCACUCCCACCCCGGUGAAGAUUGCAGUUGCCGGUGCACAACAUUACCUGUCCACUGUGCUACGCCUCUUUGUGGAUCACCUGACUCACAAGACUCCUGAUUGGCUGGGUUACCUGCGCUUUCUUAUUAUUCCACUGGGUGCACACCCGGUCUCUAAGUACCUGGCCAGUAUUGAUUACAGAUAUAACAGUUUGUUCCAGGACUCAGCUUGGAAAGAUUUAUUCUACAAACCUGAAGCUCCAGUUAUAGGACAGGAUAAUCCAGACGUUGCUUCCAGAGUAACUCAGUACAUGCUGGGUGCGAACGGAGCACAUCAGCUUCCUAUAGCGGAGGCAAUGUUAACCUACAAACACAAAAGGAAAAAGAGUUUUCAUUUUGAUUUUGCUGUAAGUCCAGAUGAAGAUUCCUGCCAGAAAUUCAUCCCUUUUAUAGGGAUGGUGAAGGUGGGGUUGGUGGAACAGAGCUCUGCUGCGUCAGGUGAUUCGGAUGAUGCUACUCCGUUAGUGUCUCUGCUCUCCUCCACUCCUCCUCAGAUCUCUCCAUUAAUGAAAGAUCCAUCACCCACUCCUCCAUCAUCUCCCUCAAUCCACUCCUACUGCAGUUCCCUCAUUGGAGGACAGGGGGAGUUAAUGGGGCUGCAAGUGGAUUACUGGGUCGCUCCUUUAGAGAAGAAGCGAGAGGUGGAGAAGAGAGACUCUGCCCCCAAAAAUACGCUCAAGUGCACCUUCCGUUCGCUGCAGGUUAGUCGCCUCCCACUGAGUGGGGUAGAGGCGGGGCCAACCAUGUCCAUGACCGUCGUCACCAAGGAGAAAAACAAGAAAGUAAUGUUUCUGCCGAAAAAAACAAAAGACAAAGACGUGGAGUCGAAAAGUCAGGUGAUCGAGGGAAUCAGCCGCCUUAUCUGCACUGCUAAACACCAGCAAACCAUGCUGAAAGUGUGUAUAGACGGUAUGGAGUGGAACGAUGUGAAGUUCUUCCAGCUCGCUGCUCAGUGGUCUUCUCAUGUCAAGCACUUUCCCCUCGGAGUAUUUGGACACUCCAAAGGAGGCUACUGACCCCCCUUUCUUUAUGUUCUUUAAACUGCCUUUACUACUCCCUCCACUCCACCGUCUUAAGUCUUAGUUUGUUCUUUUGCACUUGUGUUUUUAUGAGACUUUUAGCUAAGGGGAUGUUUCUUGUUAAGUUCUCUAUUUUUAACUGACACUAAUGAACUGAUCAUGUGGAUUGAUUAACCGGUUCUAAUUGAUGGCGGUAUCAGUUUGGUGUAGUCAGAACUUCUUCCUGCUCCACACAAAUUCAUACAAAGUGAAAAAACGUUGCAGUUUUAUUGGUCAUUCCAUUCUUAGAACUGCUAGUUUAAGUGAAUCAAACGCUGCAAAUUUUAUUUACUGAGUUUAACUUAAUUUAGUUUUUAAUCCUACUUCUUGUUCAAGAAAUUAUCUAAGUUAUUUGAAUCACAUUACAGCUAAACACAGAGACUUGAUUUAUUAACAGUACCUGUUGAAGUGAAUCAAACUCUACAGUCAUUUGAUCAUUUGGAUUUUGUUUGGACUUGUUUUUGAUUUAACUGACCUAUUAUUGAAACAAAUAAAUCAUUUAAACAAUUUCCUAUCAGGGUCUCUACUUGGCAAAUGUGAUUCAUUUGGUUCACCGUCUAAAUUGAAAAAAAAACUUUGCAGAGUUUAAUUCAUUUGAUUCAUUGUAACGACUCUUUUUACUAAAUCAAUUCUUUUGAACUAGCUGAUUGGGUGAGUGAUGUGAGCUGCAUGAGUCUCUGCUUUUUCCCCUCCACAUCAGUUAAGGGUUCAGUCUUUGUACCCAGUCUGAUUUCGUCUAUACUGUGUGUGUGUCUGUUUAUGUUUAUGAAUGUAUAAGGAAUGGUACUGUAGAAUGAAGCACCUUUAAUUUGUUGACGGUACACUACAAAAACUGAAGGUUGAAGCCAUGAAUAUGGACAUCAGAUAGAAAAACCGAGUUAACGUAAUUUUAUCAGCAACAGAUGACCAGAAGUGUUUAUCAGCAGUUACGUUCAGAAUGAGUGUGAAGCAAAUCAAGAAAAUUUUGUGAUUUAUCCUGUCACAAAGUGCACAAACUAAACCAUCCAACCUAUUAACCAUUCGAUUAAGUCAUAUGACCUGCAAUUGAUCUGAAACAAUAAAGAAGAUUUACAUGUAUGUAUUUCAGUGCAUUUAUAUUGACUAAAGUUUCAAAAGCUUUUACAGGUAAGUAACAUUUUAUAUAAAGGAUAAUUUAACACAACUGAUGACAUUCUGUUCAAUAAACCGAGCGCAGCUUUAUAAUUCGUCUUGCUUUACUUUAAUAUUUAACAGAAAACUAGCAAUUGUAUUUCUUUUAUAAUAAAUAAAAGUUUGCACUAAGUUUAAAAUAAUGAGAAAUUAGACGUGCCACAUUAUUAUAUUAACGUGUAUUAGCUUGCAUAUUUGCAACUGGCUAACCUUCCCAUGAAAAAAAAUAUUUUAUUACAAAUAUGGGCUAUUUAAACUCUAUACAUGUGAAAUUAGCAUUGCUAUCUUGUGUUUUAACGUUUAAUAUACCUACAAUCUAUUUAAACUUUUUUCCCCACCUGUUAAAUUAGUGAGAGUGUGCACUUUUGGACAGGACAUUAAUAUAGACAGUUACAAUUCCAUGAGCUAGCGUAAAAACCUGCCAGGAAUGUUUAUAAGUUGUGAAUGAAGUGCUGUUACAGCUUGAUUACUUUCAGUAUUUCUGAAGCUUUAAUUACUAAUUUUAUUUAUUAAUUAAUCAGCACCAUGUUUACUGUUUUUGUAACUUUUAGAACUGUUUUAGAAAUGUGAGGGUACAAUUAACUCCUGUGAUGAUUUAUACGGUUUCAAUGCAUCUGUGUUAUAAGGAUUUUUCUUUUUUUCUUUUUGUUUGUGUAAAGAUUUGAGUUUUCUUUCUGUUUUCUCUGCUGUAAUGUGAUUGAUUCAUUUCAAAUAAUGGUUUUGUAAAGAAAAUACAGUAAUAAUUAUUGGUAAGAAAUGAGAAAUCGAUGAGUUGUGUAACGCUGCAUCAAUAUUUUCAUUUUUACACCAUAAACAAAUAAUGAAAUCUGUGAGGGAUUUAUACAGCAGGAAGAAUAAUGGAGGAGGAGGAUGAGAUGAUUUGUAAAAAAGAGAAAAAUUUUAAAAAUACUACCACUGUGUUUCCUAAACUGGAAAUAAUAAACUACGCACACUAA